UGCGAGACUGCACAAAAUGGUUCCGUUUCCUGUCCCAGUCAACUAGAACGCUUUUUCUUUAAAAGAAAUGUUCGCAAAUGAAACAACACUAUCAAGUGGUGUCGCUGUACAGCUUUGGUUUAACAGUUCUGAGGUCCCGGGUUCAAUCCAGGUGGGACGGUCUGAGCGCUCCCCCGUGCUGAAAGGUCUCCUUGUGAUGAAUGCGCGUGGGGACCAACGAUCAACUAGUGAGCUGUUGUCAAGUCUGCAGUCUUCCCCAUCUUGAACCCAAACUGAAGCCUACAUGGUGAAACUUGUGCAGGUGGAAACCGGAGUUCCCGGAGAAAACCCAGGCAGGCACGGGGAGAACGUGAGAACUCCACAAAGGUUUGAAACCCGGUCUGAGAACUGUGAGGCAAAAGUGCUACAGCUGCACCAUAGUGCCGCCCAAUAGUCAUCUCUUGUAUUGCAUGUUUUUUCUUUUCUUUUUUUUGCCUUGAAGUAUGACCUUUUUUCACUUUUUUUGUUGUUAUUUGUCAGUGGGGCCGACUUCCCUGGGUCACUCGGUGUGGGAUGUGUCCACUGGGUUGCUCUCUGGUGGAUCUAUCCACAGUGACACAUAAAACUCUUAUUGGGUAAAGGAGAAAACAGAUUUUUCAAGUGCACGCUCCGGCCCAAUUGGUGGGGGUAAUGCACCAUAAAGCAGCUUUUUCAACAAGAGGAAGAAGAAGAUAAAGAAGAAGAAGAAGAAGAUCUACUUUUCUUCGCUUCGUAAUCACACGCAUCUGAGUACAUUUCCCCGAAUCUGUAUCAAACGUGCUGAAUCCUCGUCGCACCCAGAAAAUGAUUGUCCUGUGAAAAUGUGUGCAAGAACGUCAGGGGAGUACAAGGAAGAGGUUUGUGGACCAAAAAAGGAGGAGGAGCCACAACGUCAACUACUGGACGCUGUGUUGAAUCAGCAGCCUCGAUUUGUCCGAAGCAGAGCAGAUGUCAGUGAAAAUCUUCGAGAACAGCAACAGUCAGUGUCCCGUGACAUCAAAGAGGAAGACCUUCAACGCAUCAAAGAGGAGGACGAAGAGUUUCUACACAUGAAAGAGGAAGAACAGGAAGAAAUCAUCCAGGUUCCAUCCACUAGUGUCCCUUUGAAGAGUAGAUAUGAAGGUCAAAGUGAGGAGAGACUAGGGGCGGAGCCUCUAAGCAGGAACAGCUCAAGUGAUGGAGACCACUGUAGAGGAGAAAAAACAGAGACUAAUGAUGAUGAUGAUGAACAGCCUGCAGUUGUGCUGUGGUGUGCUGCAGCGCUUCCUGGUCUACUUAAGGUGCCAUCUUGGCAAGCAGUCACCUGUGACGAGGAAAACGUGACGGCGGCUGUGACUUUUGGUGUCCGACACAUCAAUUUCUGCUGUGGUCUGCCGCAGCGCUUUCUGGUCUACUCAAGGCGCCAGCUUGGCCGGCAGUCACCUGUGUCAAGGAAAACGUGACGGCAGCUGCGACUUUUGGUGUCUGACACAUCAAUGGAAAGCACAAGCAUGGAUUCAGGUUCAAGCUGUAGAAGGUCCAGAGCAGCAACUAUCAACAGACGGAGUGGGGGGCUCAGGUAGAGUAUGAAGCUACAGAGAUCAGGCCAACUCACUGAUUUCAUCUCUCCUGGCCAGAAACUUGUCUUUGGUGUCUACUGCCUCAAAAUUUCCUACUUGUUGUGAAUCCAGGUCCCUACCCGACUGGUAUGCCGGCCGUUGUUCCACCAAAGUCCAGAAGCUUGUGUGUGUAAAGCAUGGCUGAACAACCCGGAUCAUGCGAUCCAUCACAUUUGUCCGUUCCUGCUGAAGUGAUAUUGCUUGUGAACUAUUUUUAAUUUAAAAAGUAGCUUGCUUUCCCCUACUUGUUGGGUUGUGCCUUUUUUUAUAAAAUUUGAGUUCCAAUCUA